AUGGCCGAGCACGGUGACCAUGCUCAACGCCACUGCCCUCAUAGUCAUCCUCAUGGCUCUCCUCAAAUCCACGAGGAUCAACACAACUUGAAAGAAUUCAACAAGAAUUAUUUCGAUGAGCAUGGUCAUCGGUACAAUGAUCAUCCCGACGCGCAUGAGCUAGCUCGGCGACUUGGAGCAGCUAUGAUCAAAGCUUAUCCAUUCGAGGAAGACUCAACAUUGGUUUUAGACUAUGCUUGUGGCACAGGUUUGAUCUCCAAAAAACUCGCUGCGCAUGCCAAAUGCAUCGUGGGCGUGGACAUCAGCCGGAGCAUGGUUGACCAGUACAACCAGAGCGUAUCAAAUCAGGGUAUACCACCCGAGGAGAUGAGGGCUGUGUGCUGUGACCUCACAGUUGCCCCAAAUCAGCUGGAUGGAAUGAAGUUUGAUGUGGUUGUGUGUGCAUCGUCGUAUCACCAUUUUCCUUCUAUCGGAGAUGUCACGAAGACUCUUGUAUCAUACCUUAAACCAGGGGGUUCGCUCUUGGUCGCAGAUUUAAUGAAGCCAUCUUCUGCAGAAUCUGCAGAGGCGUUGUUUCCCACCGGAGCACACAAUAUUGUCGCGCACAAGGGCGGAUUUGAGGAAGCAGACAUCAAAGCCGUGUUUGAGGGUGCUGGACUGAUUAACUUUUCAUUUGUAACAGCCUGCAAGGCGAAGAAACAUGGACACCCUGUCGAGCUCUUCUUAGCUUCUGGGACCAAGGAAGUCAAUGAAGAAGCAUACUAG